AUGAUGAAUUUCUCACCUUGGCCAUAUUCAGUAUAUCAAAAUUAUCAAUUUAAUUCUUUUAUUGGAAUAAGUUUAAAUUCAUCAUCAGGUUAUGAAAGUGCAAGUACUGAUACAAGUUUAAUUGAAUCAUAUUCAUUACCAUUUGCUAGAAAUGAACAAUUAAAUAUAAUCAAUGAUUAUCAUAAUGAAUUAUUGAAAGAUAAUCACAUUAAUAUGAAUCAAGAAUCAACGGGAGAUUAUGAUAAGAAUUAUCAUUGUAAAAAACGUCGUAUUUUAUCACGUUUACAACGCAAAGAAGCAAAUCGACGUGAACGUCAUCGAAUGGAAAUUAUUAAUCAAGCUUAUGAAGAUUUACGAAAUGUACUUCCAUUUAGAAAAGGUCGAAAACGUCAAAAAAUGUCACGAAUGGAUACAGUUGAUGGUGCUAUUCAAUAUAUUCAAUCACUUCUUGAAAUACUUCAUGGGUCAAAUUAUAAUCGAGAAUUUAUCGAAGAAUAA